CCGCUGCUAAUGACGCUCACAAUAGCGACAGACGAUGGAAACCUCCUUUUCUUCAAAGAAUUUCUGUUGUCUGGGUAAAAAUUUUAGAAUCACAUAAUCUGAAGAAACUCGCUUAGCCAUCAGUAUGGAUCUUAUAGAAAUAGAAAAGAUAAUUGACAUCGCUGCCAGAAGAGGAGACAAAAUUGUCAAUCUCAGUCAUCGAGGUUUAACAGUCGUAUCCAGCAGCAUAAAAAAACUACUGCAUGUCCAAAAGCUGUCACUCAAUGACAACAAACUCCUGAUGCCCCCUUCGGAAAUCACAACGUUGGUUCGACUUGAUGAACUUGUCUUGGACAACAAUAAACUCACCAUGCUGCCAACCGGAAUCGGUAACUUGACAAACCUGCAGUAUCUCAGUGCCUGCUUCAAUCCUCUUGGUGCUCUUCCAUCGGACAUCGGACAGUUAUCAUCCCUCACCCAGCUGUGGGUGGUAGAAUGUCAGCUGAUCAAUCUGCCGUCAGAAAUUGGCAGAUUGAAACAACUGGAAAAAUUUAGCGUACGAGGCAAUAAUUUAUCUAGCCUUCCUGCAGAAAUAACAAACUUGAGGAAACUUGUUUGGCUGUGUGUGGCAGAGAAUCAUCUUCGGGAUCUUCCAAAUGGGAUUGAGGAGCUGACGAUGUUGUCUCACUUAGACUUGAAUAAUAACAAGUUUGAUGGUAUCCCAGAGUGUGUGCUAAAGCUGUCAGUUCUUGCUAGUCUACACAUGAAAGGAAAUCGAAUCAAAUCUGUUUCGGAUGACACCAUUCUUUCUCUAUCAGACCUCACCAAGCUAGAUUUGAGAGACAAUGAGUUACAUGUGAAGCCGAGUCACUGGAAGGGAUUGGAAUACAUUCUUGUUGGCGGCUCAGCUGCCCGGCCUUCUGUCGAGGAUGAGCCUGAACCUUCACCCUACAUACAACUGCAGCGUGCCUUGGAUGGAGCGAGUGAGGAAUAUGAUGGAGAGAUGGAGGGAGCUAAGGGGGAACCUUAUGAGGCCCUGUCAGGGUGGAAAAUUAACCAGAGUGAUGAAGAUCUCAAUGAUAAUGAAGGAUAGGUGAAAUGUGUUUGAAAUUGACAACAUUGUUUGACAUGAUGGGUGACAGUCUAUAUACAUGACUAAGAUAUGCAUCAAGAUUAUAAAGAUGUUAGAAGACCAGAAUAUGGAUCAAGAUUUAUAAUAAAGAUGUAAGAGUGAGUGAGUGAGUUUAGUUUUACGCCGCUUUUAGCAAUAUUCCAGCAAUAUCACAGCUGGGGA